CGCCUGGAGUGUAGCUGUUAGAAGAGGCAUAUAUAUCCGUCAAAAGACUACUCAUGAAUUGUAGAAUCUGUGUCUGAUACCCAAGUUUUACAUUUCGUUCAUCUGCAGUGCCAACCUGCGCUUGAAACAACAAUAAAAUCCUCUCGUGCCACGAGUAUCUUACACAACUUAUACAUUCAGUUCCAUCCAGCAAUUAAUCAAUCCAAAAUGGCUUUCAAGGUUAUCAUCAUUGGUGGUGGCCCGGUUGGACUUUUCCUUGCAAACAGUCUGCAGGCCGCCGGAAUCGACUAUGCGCUUUUCGAAAAGCGAAGCGCUGUGGCUCCCACAACUGCAUUUGGUAUUUUCCUUAUGCCUCAAGUCACGAGGAUGAUGGAACAGCUAGGUCUCUUGGAGAGCUUGAAGAAGGUGUCUCAUCAGAUGACGGGCAUGGUGCACCGUGAUGCCAACGCAAAGCACCUAAGCGAAGAUCAGGAUUAUGCCGCGUUUUCUCAGAUUCACGGCUAUCCUGUAGUUGUCACAGACCGUGCCAGCCUUUCUCAGGUUUUCCUUAGUGGCCUUGAUAAACCAGAAGAGCAUAUCUUUACCAGGAAGGAACUUACCAACAUUGUGCUCGGCAAAGAUGGCGUGACUGUGGAAUUCGCUGAUGGCACAAGCCAUGAAGGAUCGAUUGUCGUCGGCGCAGAUGGCAUUUGGAGCUCAGUUCGGGACCACUUGCGCAAGAUCUCGCCCGCGGGUCUAUUCGCCGAGAACCCGUUUACAGCGUCAUUCACUGGCGUUUUUGGAAGAGGACCGUUGUUUGACGAUAUUCCUUCCGGGCAGGGAGCAGAGGUGCACGGAGAUGACUGGGUGAUCCAGGCGUUCCCUUCUCAGAAAGAGACGCACUUGUUUAUCUAUAAGCGCAUCCCGAGAUGCACCGACAGAGUUCCCUUUACGACAAAUGUGCCGCAAGAAUUGGUUGAGGAAUUCGCAAACGUCAAAUUGACACCCAAGGUCACAUUUAAAGACUUGUGGGAUAAGCGGUUUGCUGCAGGCCACGCAAAUUUCGAAGAGGGUGUUGUGGAGCUGUGGCACUGGGACCGCGUUGCUCUUGUGGGGGACGCAGCUCACAAGAUGAACCCGAAAUGGGGCGUUGGCGCUAACAUCGGCAUGGAGGCUUCUGCCAAUCUCACUAACAAGCUUGCGGCCCUGUUGAAAAAUGGCUCAACGCCUUCCACCCAGGAGCUUUCGCAACUGUUUAACAAAUACCAAGGGGAGAUGGAAGGCAAGGCCGGAACCUGGGAACGAAUUUCCAUUUCCAAUCUUGACCAAGCCACUCACCCAGGCGGACCUCAGAUUGAAGCCAUGAGGCAAAUGGCCAUCAUUCGUGCGCCUUCCAUCAUUUCAAAAGCAUACAAGCUUGAAAAUGCCCCUCACAAAGCAGAGAACCCAUCUCAGCUCCCGUGGCUGUACUAAGAAAGAUAUAUGCAAAAUGGUAUUCUGAUUGAGUGGUUAGCGUUGGAAAAUUAUAGAGGAUAAAAGUUCAAAUGAAUACAAACUUGCAUGUAACAAAAACCAUUAAUUUACAGUAGGCAAGUCAUGUGACGUUGCGCAAUUUAUCGCCUGUACCAAUCUGCAUGUCAAAGGAAUACGAAUAGCCUCACCAAGCUUGAUUACAUUGUA